AUGCCCGGCGUUCGGUUGUUUUCUUCCAUUGCCAGACAGCGACUACAAGUAUUUGUUACCGUUCGAGCGUCGACACAACUGACAUCCCACUUCGUUCGUCCUUCAAUAAUCUCCACUCUUCAGCCUCAACAACAGCUCUGGUAUAGCUCGAAAUCUUCAGAUUCAGACGAUAUGGGAAAACAACAGAUUACCCUCAAGACCGUUAAGGGUUCCCGUGAUUGGGCCGGAGUCGAUAUCGCCGUUCGCGACAAGAUCUUCGAAAAAAUCACUACCACAUUCAAAAAACACGGAGCAGUCUCCCUUGACACACCAGUCUUCGAACUUAAAGAAGUUCUAGCUGGAAAAUAUGGCGAAGAUUCAAAACUCAUCUACGACCUCGCCGAUCAAGGAGGAGAGAUCAGUUCCUUACGAUACGACCUUACUGUCCCAUUCGCAAGAUGGCUCGCCAUGAAUCCGACCGUUACAGCCAUUAAAAGAUAUCACCUCGCGAAGGUUUACAGAAGAGACCAGCCUGCUGUCUCAAAGGGUAGAAUGAGGGAGUUCUACCAGUGCGAUUUUGACAUUGCUGGAACAUACGACCCGAUGUUACCCGAUGCCGAAAUCAUGAAGAUUACAGUCGAAAUUCUGGACGGUUUGAAUAUCGGAGAGUACACUAUUAAGUUAAAUCACCGUCAAAUCCUCGACGGAUUGUUCGAAGUUUGCGGUGUGCCAAAGGAUAAGAUCAGACCGAUAUCUAGUGCCGUCGACAAGCUAGAUAAGUCACCAUGGGAGGAAGUCAAAAAGGAAAUGACGGAACAAAAGGGUCUUGAUCCCGAAAUCGCCGACAAGAUUGGGGAGUUUGUACUUAAGAAGGGCGGACGGGAUCUCUUGGAAGAGCUUGAAAAGACCGAAUCGCUAGCUUCGAAUGAGAGUAUUAAAAAAGGACUGAGCGAUAUGAGGCUGCUAUUCGACUACUUGGACGUCUUCGAAGUCACACCCAAGAUUUCUUUCGAUCUCUCGUUAGCUCGUGGUUUAGAUUACUACACCGGUGUUAUCUAUGAGGUUGUCACAGAACUCUCUGCACCCCCAGCCGCCACACAGGGUCCAGUAGUUGCGUCGUCAUCGAAGGGAAAGAAGAAAUCGAAGGUCAACAAGGAUGACCCGGAGGCAGAUCGUUCGGAUGAUGAUACCGUAGGUGUAGGUUCAAUCGCUGCAGGUGGCAGAUAUGACGAGCUGGUCGGCAUGUUUUCCGGAAAGGGCAAGAUUCCAUGUGUCGGUAUCUCUUUCGGUGUUGACAGAAUAUACAGUAUCAUCAGGAAGAGACUAGAGAACAGCCCAGCAGUUCUCAGAAGCUCCGAUGUUGAUAUCUAUGUUAUGGCAAUGCCUGAAGGUUCUGGGGAGAACAAAAACGGAUUUUUGAAGGAGCGAAUGGCUAUUGCUAAGAGGCUCUGGGAAGGCGGUAUCAAGGCCGAGUUCCUGUACAAAGCUUGCCCUAAGAUGCAGGCACAGUUCAAAGCCGCAGAAGUUGGAGGUGUUCCAUUCGCCGUGAUUAUCUUCAAUGAGCAACUUGGACUCGACACUGUUCGAAUCAAAGAAUUGGGUCUUCCCGAAGGUCACCCCGAGAAGGAGGGUGUCCCAGUAGCUGUCAAAGACUUGGUAGAGGAAGUUAAGAAGAGGUUAAAGUCUACCGGAGGUAUCGAACAAUACAUCUCGAGAAUAAAGCUGGAGGAGACCCAGACAGUCGAAGCUGCGACUACCCAGUAA